AUGGAGUCGGAACUUCAGUGUCCGGUGUGUCUGCGCCAGUUCAGCCAGCCGGUGCUGCUGCCGUGUGCGCAUCCGGUAUGUCUGGGCUGCGCCCGCUCGCUGGCGCGCGGCGCGGACGACGAGCUGGACAAGCUGUCCGAGUACAGCGAGGCGGACAGCGGUGUCUGUCAGCUGUGCGAAUCGGAGCCGCGGCCGGCGGCCGUGCUCUGCCAGCAGUGUCAGGUGCACUACUGCACCGACUGUCAGCGCCGCUGCCACCCACGGCGCGGACCGCUCGCCACCCACAGCCUGCUGCCGGCGGCGGCGGCCGCGCCGACGGCGGCGCCGGCCGACCCGCGCCGCUGCUGGCGGCACGCGCCGGCGCACUGCGACCUCUUCUGCGCCGCCUGUGACCAGGUGACCUGCGCCGAGUGUCGGCGCGACGGCGGCCACGCGGGUCAUGACCUGCUGCCGCUGGCCGACGCCGUCAAAAGCCAGAAGACGGCGCUGUCUCAGACACUGCAGUCACUCUCGGAACGGGCAAAGUCUGCCACCGAGGUCAUCCACCGGCUGCGGCGGGCGCCCGAAACGGUCGGCGAGUCGUGUUCGGCCCUGGAGCAGGCCAUCACUGAGCAGUGCGACGCCCUGGUGGCGGCCGUCAUGGCGCGGAAGCAGCGCCUGCUGGGCCACGUGCGCCAGGAGCGGCAGCGGAAGACGACGGCGGCGCGAGAGCAGGUCACCUCCUGGACAGGCCAGAUUCAUCGCACCACCGGCCUGCUGCGCUUCUGCAUCGAGACGCUGAAGGAGCCCAACAGCGUGGCAUUCCUGCAGAUGGGUGCUACCCUUCAGGGCCGCGCAGACUCCGUGCUGCAGAGUCUGGACGAGGAACUGAAGGCGCUCUCCCAGUCGCAGUCGCAGUCGCAGUCGCAAGUGGAGCUGACACUGGACACGAGUGCUGUGGAGCAGGCCAUCAAGCAGAUGUCUUUUAUGCAGAUGAAACCACCCGGCGCGCCUGUGAUCGUGCACGACGAGUGCUGCUCGGAGAACAACAGUGUGGUGCUGUCGUGGCGCGCCGACCCGGCCAGCUUCGUGGAGGGGCACCUGCUGGAACUGGACGACGGCAACGGAGGACCGUUCGCGGAGGUGUACUGUGGCCAGCAGACGGUGUGCACGAUAGACGGGCUCCACUUCAACUCGGUGUACAAGGCGCGUGUGCGGUCCUACAACGCUACUGGCACGGGGCCACACAGCCCGCCGGUCUGCCUGCAGACGGCAGAAGUGGCCUGGUUCGUGCUGGACCCGGCAGUGUCGCACCCCCAGCUCCGCUUCUCGGACAGCAACGGUGCCGUCAGCUGCGACAGCUUCGAGCCCUGCGUCGCCUUGGCAACGACCGGCUUCUCGCGUGGCGUCCACUACUGGGAGUUCACGCUGGAACGUUACGAUGGCAACGCCGACCCGGCGUUCGGCGUCGCUCGCCUUGACGUCACCAAGUCGCAGAUGCUGGGCGCCGACUCGCUGGGCUGGAGCAUGUACAUCGACGCGCAGCGUUCGUGGUUCAUGCACGCCGGCCGGCACGAGGGCCGCCAGGAGGGUGGCGUGCGCACGGCGGCCGUGGUGGGCGUGCUGCUAGACCUCGGUCAGGGCCAGCUCAGCUUCUUCGUGGACGGACGGCCGCAGGGUCCACCAGCCUUCACAGACCUGGCGGGAACGCUCUACCCCGCCGUGAGCAUCAACCGCAACUGCAAGGUGCGUCUGCGCACGGCGCUCGAGCCGCCGAGCGACCAAUCAGGCACGGACAGCGACGGCUGCUAGCCAAUGGCGCGGCGCGACGUCGGCCGACGGCGCGGACACGAACAGAGCUGCGGGCGACUGAGGUCCGCGGCUGGAGGCAGGCGACCGGACGAGGAGUGUCGUGGAUGGGCUGACCUCGGCCAGACCCGACCCCGUGGACCAGCGACGGACGUGGAGCCGGUCAGCUGGGGAGCUGGUGGACGCGUGUACUGCCCUGCGCCACGCCACGUUCCAGCUCCCCAGUCCCAGAGAUGAGCAGCGCGUGGGCUGCCGGCCGCAUGUGCCUUCCCUGCCCACUCACUCCAACGGCAAGUGCCGAGAAUGUAAUGAGUUCGCGCUCGAUUCCGUUCGCAAAGCAAGGGCAACUGGGCAGGUGUAACGGGGUCAGAGCCCGACUUCCGGCCCCCAUCUGAGCUUGGCUGUCUGCGCGUGGGACACCGCUGGCGCGUUCCAACUGGCCCCGAUUGGAUCAGAUCUGGCAGCGGCGCUGGCGGCCGGCCGGACGGGCCGAGUUGGAGCAGCCUCUCCCUGAAGAGCAGGGCGCCCUUGCCUUGUACUGGCGAAGCUGCGCGAACGGUUCUCUGUACUUGUUGAUAGUUAUGUGAUCAUGUCGUUGAUCAUUCUGAUCGUUUUAUGCACGUUUGCAUUAUGCACGUUGUGCAUCUUUUUGAGAGCACGCGCACUGCAGACCUUGUUAUUUGUUGAAGUUCAGCAUCAUCGUGGUGGUCGGCAUUGUGUCAGGAUCUCCUCGCUCACACUAGAAUAAUUGUGAGCACUUCAUACACCAUCAUAGCUCUUACCACUGCUUACCGCUCGCGCAUGAGAGCGGUUUCCUACACGAACAAAGCCGAGCCGGGCGACGGCGAUCUUGCCGAGCAGGUAGGUCAUUGACCCGGCGAGUUUGUGUUCAUUGUCUACCGCUGUCCUGAGCCAGGGCUUCACGAGUGACAUCUGUUGAUGCCGUGUGUGUAUUUUUUCAUGUUGUACUAUCGCCUGUGCCCCCUCCCCCGUCCGUCCAGGCAAGGCGUCUGUGAAGCUAUAAUUAAGGCUGGCUCGGUGCGCCGCCGGUCACUAGUACGGUGUGACUCGCUCGGCGGCAGGGUGUGCCGACAGGCGGCGAAAGUUGCGGUGGACGCCUCCCACGGCUGUCAAAUUCAAUUGGGGCUCUUGCGGCCUGGUUACACAUUGUGCGGUGGGAGGUGCAGCACACACGUGAUACGCGAGCGAGCCUUACAGCCGCCGCUGGGCGCACUAUUUCACUGCCAGGCACUUUUGUACGUUUGCGAUGAGCGCGUCGAUAAUAAAUGCGCAUUUUCUGCGG